UGUUACUUUUAGGUAAAUUUUUUAGGUUAUUUUGAUUUUCCGAACAUAGGGUAUUGGGUACCUAAUACAAAAAUCAACAAGAAAACAGAAGCUAUGGUUGAAAAUGUAUUUAUUUCAAAAUAAAAUGUCGCUGGUGAUAAGAUUAUCCACAAAAUACGCCUUGCCCAUAAGGGGACUUACAUGUUCCUUGGUUAGAAAAUCUAUAGAAAAUAUUUCAUACAGCACAAAAGCUACCGCGUCUAAGGAAAAUGUAUACAAUAGCUUCACGGACUGGGAGACACUAAGCAAGAAGAAGAAGGUGAGCAAAGCUAUGAAGGCAUAUCUAGAGAGAGCAAGGGAACACGAUGAAUUCAUGAAAAGGCAACAAUUUGAGUACAAUAUUGGCAAAAGGCAUCUCGCAAAUAUGAUGGGAGAAGACCCGGAAAUGUUCACCCAAAAAGAUGUAGAUCGUGCUAUUGAAUAUUUAUUCCCAAGUGGUAUUUACGACCCCGCUGCGCGCCCGCUGAUGAAGCCACCAGAGGAAGUGUUUCCCGCGAGAAAAGCUGCAGAAUUUGACGAAGCCGGCCGCCCACAUCACUUUUUAUUUUAUACAGGAAAACCUAACUUCUUCAAACUGUUGCAUGAUGCAGCUGAAAAUAUACAAUUGUUAUAUAAAUUUGAAGACAAGGUUAUUCGGAAGAAAGAAAUACCAGAUACAAACGCAAGUCUCAAUUUAGAUUCUAGUGAUUGGUUGACCAAAGACCAACUUGAACAGAUUUUAGUAGAGGGUAUAAAUGAUUUGGAAUAUGAUAACUUUAAAUUGGUCAUGGAGCGGCUAGUAUCCCUACCAUACUCCUACAGAUGUAAAGAUUUCAUAGAAAAAUUCAGAAAACCACUUUCCACUCAGAGGUUUGCUUUAGAAAUCCCUAAACCGAGCUAUGAUGAAAAUGGUUGUGCCUUUGUAACCACCUAUGAAUGCCUGCGGAAGAAGGCAAGGGGUGAUGUAACAAUUAAAUCUCCAGGCACAGGCAAGAUAACUAUUAAUGGAAAAGAUUUGUCAUAUUUUGAGGAUACACAACCCAGAGAACAAGUCAUAUUCCCCUUAAUAUUCACUGGGAUGCAAGAUAAAGUUGAUGUGGUAGCCAAUGUAGAGGGUGGCGGUCCUUCUGGUCAAUCUGGAGCUAUAAGAUGGGGAAUUGCUUGGGGUCUACGCAGCUUUGUUGAUAAAAGUAUGUUAGAAGCCAUGCAAGUUGCAGGCUUGCUAACAAGAGAUCACAGGAGACGUGAACGUAAGAAGCCUGGCCAACCAGGUGCAAGGAAAAAGCCUACAUGGAAGAAACGAUAAACUACAUUCUAAUCUACUACUCUGUUUACUGUAUAUCGAGGAUUUAUGCUAGGCUGUGCCCAGCCCGAGUGAGAAACACAAUUGCAUAUUUGUACGAGGUCACAUCAGACCAUGUAGUGCCAAAGUCCUCAGAGCCUCGAACAAUACACAGCUCAGGCCUGGCAUGUUCUAGCAUAAAUCAUCCCUAAUAUAGUGCCUGGCAAACAACUUGGACCUGAAGAAGUGUAGUGGGUAAAAGUCGACUUAUCAACCAAUCGCGUGCACCCACGCCGACUGAUCGACCAUUCGCAUGCACGCGACACUCGCAGUCAAUGCUCAAGUUGUUUACAGGCCACUGUACUGAACUUGUUUAACAUCAUUGAUAUUACCUGAUUUUGACAUUUUGUCCAAACAACAAUAAUUGAUCUCAAAAAUCAGCGAUUUUCGUGAUUGGGAUGAUGUUAUCUUGGUUCAGUAUAACCUUUAGAUAAUAAUAAAACCACGUAAAACAUUA